GCUGGGUCGCAGUAUUGAGACGGAACGAAGAAGAAGCAGAGGGACCGAAGAAGAUUAGUUAUGGCGGUUCAGGUUGAGCUGAGUUAUUUGGAGACUUUCCCGUCUCACCUCAGUCCUCUGGAUGUUUUGAUGUUAAAACCACACUUGGACCGUGUCUUCCUAAAUGACACGGAUCCGCCGACCGUCCUCUUCACUCCUCAGGGGCCUCAGAGCUCCGGCAGGACGGGCAUUUUACUGCGUGUUCAGCAAACUAACGAAGAAGAGACGGCCGACGGAGUGACCUGUCCUACAGCCAACACGGAGUCAGCGCCACGGGUUCGGCUCUUUGCCAGCCGGCUCUUCCUGCGGCACCACGGGCUCCAGCAGUUCAGAGGUACCGGAACCGUCCGAGCUGUGGAGCCCGUCAGCCUGGACAGAGUCGUAGUUGGAGCCCGCAGCAGGCAGAGCCUCCGCCUGGCUGGAUCGGAGCAGUUCACCGACAGGUUGCUGGAACUCUGCCGCCCGGGACAUUGGCUGCUGGCUCGGCAAGGAGACCCGCUGCUGCUCCCCCGACAUACAAUCCUGGGAGAAGACCCAGGACAGCAUCAGCUGUUGGAGCUGCUGGUGCUGGAGUGCAGUCCUGUAAAACAGGGCAGGAUCACAGCUGAUACCUCUCUGGUUCUGACAGAUUGCUGGGAUUCAGUCACCCCCCCACCCUGCAGGCCACUCAGACUCUGUGUGUCAGACUUUGCUCAUUACGCUGAUGGCCUUUGUGCUGGCCCAUGUCUGCUUGAUAACAGGAGCGUGCUGGAUUCUGGGUUCCCAGGUGUCCCGUGUCCACUGCUAUGCAGAGUGGAAGUUCGGGUAAUGGACACCCAGCGAUGGCUCGAGCUCAAAGAACAAUAUGGGGUAGCCGUGGACCUGCACAGCUGUGUGUUUGUGACCAAACAGCUGCUUCUCAGACUGGGGCUUUUCAACCAGGAGUGGGUACGGCUGUCGAAGCUCGGCGAAUCCAGAGGACCCACAGGAGAGGGCGAUGUCACGGGGGGCAUCUGCAGAGAGAGGCUGGUCUCUGUGGUGGUGAUGGAUCUGCUACCAAGUCCAGAACUACAGAGCCAUGACGACCUGGGCCUCAUAUCACCUCCUCUGUGGUUCAACAUGACUGGAGGAGAAGUGAUCCCUGUAAACAGCUUUAUGCUCAGGAUGAAGAGGUGGGACCCCCCUCCUCCACAACCCAGUGGUUGUCGCUCUGACACGUUCUGCCGCUCGGCUUCUCCACCGUAUGCCAGCGAGCUCCACAUCCAGCUGGUCACCUCUCCAUCCUACAACAACCUGGGCUGCUAUGACAACCUGCUGGCUCAACAUUUCUGCACGCCCAGGCUGGUGUCACCAGGAGACGUUCUGACCGUUCCAGCUGGAAACCAUCCAGACCUGCUCGAGACCCCCCCUGAAGGGAUCCACAGGUGUCCGGUGCUGUUCUUCAGGGUGCAGAAGGUAUGCUCAUCUGCAGGAAGAGAAGAAGGAGGAGGAGCUUACUUGGCCAGCAGACAGCGUACCUCGCUCUAUGUGGGAACAUCUAUAAACAGCCCCGUCCCAUGUUCUCUCGUGGAGGGAGCAGCUCUGUCUCCUCCAGGCCUUAACAAGACUGUGGAGCUCCUCAUCGACACCAUCCUGCCUCACCUGCAGCACAGCAGCUCUCUGUCUGGUUGCACGGUCCUCCUUCACGGUGCUGCAGGAAGUGGAAAGAUGGCAGCAGUGAGGGCAGCAAGUGGCAGACUAAACCUCCACCUGCUGAAGGUAGACUGUGUGAGCCUGUGCGCUGACAGUCCUGCAGCCUCUGAGGUAAAGCUGGCGUCAGUGUUUCAGAGGGCCGAGGCCCUGCAGCCCUGCGUUCUGCUGCUCAGGAACCUGCAGCUCGUCCUCAGAUCACGAGGGGCUGCCGAGAGCGACUGCAGGGUCCAGGCAAAGCUCUGCCAGCUGCUCAGCUGCGCCCCCACCAGUGUGGUGAUGGUGGCAACUGUCUGCAAAGUUCGAGAUUUGCCUGCAGGCAUCAUGGCAGCGUUUGUCCAUCAGGUAGCAAUAGAGAGUCCAACUGAAGAGCAGCGGCGUGCCAUGCUGUCCAGCCUGAGCAGAGACCUGCACUUAGGGAAGGACGUCAACUUGGAGAACCUCUCCAGACUCACCACAGGUUUCGUGUUGGGGGACCUCAGUGCUUUGCUGGUUGAGGCUGGUAGAGCUGCCUACAGGAGGUUGAUCCACAGCUGUGGUGCUCGGCAGCAGGAGGAUCUGUGCUCCAGCGGAGUGACCAUCCUGAACCAGGACUUCACCUCUGCUCUGGAGAUCCUGCAGGACACCCUGUCCAAGGCCAUCGGAGCCCCGAAGAUACCUAAUGUGCGCUGGGAGGAUGUCGGCGGUCUCCAGCAUGUGAAGAAGGAGAUCCUAGACACGGUUCAGCUUCCUUUGCAGUGUUCUCAGCUCUUGUCUCUGGAUCUGAACCGGACUGGAAUCCUGCUGUGUGGACCACCAGGGACAGGAAAGACUCUGUUGGCCAAAGCUGUGGCUACUGAGUGCUCCAUGACUUUCCUCAGUGUCAAAGGUCCAGAGCUCAUCAACAUGUACGUGGGUCAGAGUGAAGAAAACAUCAGAGAAGUUUUCCACAGAGCACGCUCAGCAGCUCCCUGCGUCAUCUUCUUUGACGAGCUAGACUCUCUGGCUCCCAGCAGAGGGCGCAGUGGAGACUCUGGAGGGGUGAUGGACAGAGUUGUGUCUCAGCUGUUGGCUGAGCUUGAUGCGCUGCACUCAUCUGGUGGGGUUUUUGUAAUCGGAGCCACAAAUCGUCCAGACCUGCUGGACCAGUCACUGCUCAGACCUGGCAGGGACCAGCACGAUGCGUGCCCCGUCUGCCUUGAGAUUGUCCACGCUAUGAGAGCAUUGAUGGAGCCGAAGCCUGUUAUUUUGUCACUAGCUCCGGCGCUCGAGGCUGGAAAGACAGGUGGUGUUUGUGGGGAAAGUGCUGGGACAUACGGUUGUCGCACUCCAUGACCCUCUCCAAUCUGAGUCUGGGGCCCCGGCUUCAUCCGAGUCAUGAGCUCCGUCACUAUGUUCCGGAUGUACCAGGAGCUCAGAUUGCUGUUUCCUGAUGACAGCCCGCUGGGACCUCACCCUGCGAGUCUUGAACAAAUAUUUACAAAGGUACAAGUUGAAGAUGCUAACAAUCAGCUUUUGAAUGCAGUCGGCCUGGAAGAUUGUUUCAAACCAACUGAUCUAAUAGAUGCUUAUUUUCAUGUGGCUAUACACCCGAACCACAGGCAGUUUCUGAGGUUGGAUUCGAGGGCGUAGGCUAUGAAUACCUAGCGCUGCCAUUCCGGUUGUCUCUCGCUCCUCGCACUUUCACAAAAUGUGCCGAGGCAGCAUUGGCAUUCCUCAGAGAGGGAGGCAUUUGCAUCUUAGCUUAUGUAGAUGACUGGGCUCUUGUAGCUUGCUCCAGAGAGUAGGUGGCGACACAGCUGCCUCUGGUUCUGUCAAAUAUUCAGGCACUGGGUUUCUCUGUGAACUUUCAAAGAGCUUGCUAGUUCAGAGUCAGCACAUUUCUGUCCUCGGUUUGGAAAUAUGCUUGCUUUCCAGCUGUGCACGUUUGUCAGCUGCAUUUCAUUGCUGAUUUACUCUAUGAUCACUGUAGUGCCACUUGAAUUGUUUCAGUGCUGCAUCUUGCAUGCUAGCUCUUGGUCCUGUAGGGAGCCGGGGUGCUGCAUCAGGGUGUUGUUUCACAAGGUGGUGUCCACAGAUGCUUCCCUAAGGGGGUGGGGAGCACUGUGUGAGGGCACAUCAGUGAGAGGGAUCUGGACCACAGCCCAGUGUGAUCUGUGCAUCAACCACUAAGAGCUGCUAGCAGUGUUCUUGGCUCUCAAGCAUUUUAAUUCAAUUCAAUUUUAUUUACACAGCGCCAAAUCACAACAAC